AUGCCGCCGACCACUGCUUCCACCACUGCCACGCCGAAGCUGGCUUCCCCGGGUUUUAAUGCUGGCGCCAGACCAUACCGGUCACACAAGGUCAGGGCCUGCGACUUGUGCAGGAAGCGCAAAUCGCGGUGCACCGUUGACAUCCCGGGUCAAUCAUGCCUGUUGUGCCGCGUCCAAGGAGCGGAUUGUCACUACCAAGAAGAGGCCAAUAAUGAUCCUCCACUCACCAAUGGCCAUGAAUCGAAACCUUGGGUCCCCGAUCACACUCGCGUCUCGUCGCUAGGUCAGAAACGCAAGCAUACCCCGGACGCAAUUGAUUCUUCGUCGCACCCCAGCCGCCGCCGCGCUUCCAGCGUCGCACAUUCGGACUCGGCCUUAGAUCGUCGGAGGAGUGAAUCCAGGAGCCAAGGAGUCGAUGACCCCCACAAUGAGUCGGUCCUAAUUGUUGGUCCUGUCGUGGCCGAUGAUGCCCAGGUUAUCGAGAGAUACAUGCCUCCCGAACGGACUAGCAAAUCGGUCGAACCAAAAAGUCAGCCAUACAACGUCUACUCCAGCGACCCUCGAAAGCCCAUUCUUUACACUACAGUGUCUCGGCGGAGGCAGGGUAUGCGGGUCGGAGUUCCUCCCGGGGAGAAUCAGAAGGAGAUCCUCGAGCAGAUCCUCGGCCCAUUCAAGCGCGACCUCGUCAGACUGUUCAUCGACCGGUUCAAUGCAGCAUUUCCGAUCUUUGAUGGGGAAACUUUCUGGGAGGCGUUCUUGUCGGAGUCCCCGGGAGAUCCGCCAGCGUCGCUCUUAUGCCAGGUCUAUUCGAUGUCGCUAGUUUAUUGGAAACACACCCCCAAGCUGGCCUGUCACCCGAAGCCAGAUGCCCGGUACGCAGUCAAUAUGACUGUCGCUGCGCUCCACGAGGAAUUUUCGGCGCCUGGGCUUUCAACAGUCAGUGCAGCCCUCAUCGAUCUUACAGGUCGGCCCAUCUUUUCAAUGACGGGAAAUGCCAUCAGCUGUGGGCGCAUGAUUUCCCUCGCACAUUGUCUCGGACUCAACCGCGAUCCAAGUCACUGGAAGCUAUCCCGCCCCGAGAAGAACCACCGUAUGCGGCUUUGGUGGGGCGUCGUGAUCCAUGAUCGCUGGGGGAGUUUUGGUCACGGCGUGCCUCCGCAGAUUGCCAAAAAUCAAUACGAUGUUCCUCUUCCCACGAUUGACGUUCUGAUCCCCCAGGCUUCUCGGACGCCCGAGCGCGUGCGAGCUGCCCACUGCCACAUUGCUUUGUGCCGGCUCACUGAGAUCUUAGGCGAGCUAUUACCGCUCGUCUACGGCUUGCAGUCUCGAGCCCACCGCGAAACGACGAAGAAGGUGCGGCAAAUUCGCACAGAUCUCGACGCGUGGGAGGACUCUCUCCCCGAUUGGCUCCGCAACCCCAUCAGCACGAAUACCACAGAGGAGCGUAUCUCUGGUACAAGCAGUCUGCAGCUCGGCUUCCUUGCAGUGAAGAUGCUCGUUAGCCGUGUCGAACUCAACGAGGUCAACAACGCCGAGGCAGACAACCCGGAGGCGCGCCGCUACUUCCAAACAGAGUGUCGCCGAUCCGCCGAAGAAAUCGUGCAAUUCAUCUCAUCCCUUCGGAAACAGAACUUCCAAGAAUUCUGGCUUCCAUACAGCGCCUUCCACCUCACCACAACCGCCACCCUCCUCGUCCGCUGCGCUCUCGAAACCACGGACCCCGAAGUGGCCCGCUCCUGCCUAGCCAACGUCGAAACCUUCCGAUCUAUCCUUCGCCGUGUCCGCGAAGAAGAAGACUGGGAUGUCGCCGACAUGUGUCUCGACCACUGCGAGCGUCUCCUCAACCGCCUGAACAACAGCACCGGCGCCAACCCCAGCGCCGAACAUCCGCCCACCUUCACAGACCUCGGCCAGCCUCCGGAUAGUACCCACCCUCAUCGACUAGUGAAUCCCGCCGCCAUCGCCCUUCCGGAGACACAAACAAAUAAUGAUAUUGUCGACGAUAUGAUGAGCAUCUCCGGGACCUUCGGCACGAUGGACGGCUUUCCAUUCGACAUGACAGGGAUAUGGGAUGUUUCUGUAUUCCAGGAUGUCAAUCUGACAUAA